CCGGGGGCGACAGCAAUGAAUGGAGGCCUCGCUACAGCACCGCCCCUCAUCUCGGUGCGCCGCUCGCUUGGCGACAAGCUCGGCCUUGCCUCGGGCGGCUCUCGCCCAGCCCCGUCAGCUCCAGUCAGCAGGAACCCGGAAGCAGGCGGUGCUGCAACCAAGCCGUUUCCUGCGCCAGAGUCGGAGACGGGGCUGAGUUACAAUCUGGUGAAGCGGAGCAGCUGCGGAGCCAUGACUCACCAGACCGGCAUCCACGCCACUACGGAAUUAAAGGACUUUUUUGCAAAGGCUCGGAAUGGUUCAAUCCGUCUCAUCAAAAUCGUAAUUGAGGAUGAGCAGUUAGUGCUUGGAGCCUCCAAAGAACUAUCUCGGCGCUGGGAUAAGGACUAUGAUUCCUUUGUGCUUCCUCUGCUAGAUGAACUGCAGCCAUGCUAUAUCCUUUACCGCCUGGACACCCAAAAUGCACAGGGCUAUGAGUGGCUUUUCAUCUCCUGGUCACCUGACAACUCUCCAGUUAGACUCAAGAUGCUCUACGCAGCAACCCGAGCGACAGUAAAGAAAGAGUUUGGAGGAGGACACAUCAAGGAUGAACUCUUUGGGACAGCAAAGGAAGACAUCUCUCUCAGUGGCUACCAGAAGCAUGUGUCUUCUUACUCUGCUCCAGCUCCUCUGACGGCAGCCGAACAAGAGCUUCAGCAGAUCCGCAUCAAUGAGGUCAAAACCGAAAUCAGCGUAGAAAGCAAACACCAGACUCUCCAAGGCCUGGCCUUCCCUUUGCAGCCAGAUGCACAACAGGCCAUUCAGCUACUAAAGCAGAGGAAAAUCAAUUACAUCCAGCUGAAGCUGAACCUGGAACAGGAGACCAUAGAGCUGGUCCACACAAAGGCUACAGAAAUUGUUGAUCUGCCUAGAAGAAUUCCUCAGGAUUCUGCUCGCUACCACUUCUUUCUGUAUAAACACUCUCAUGAGGGAGAUUAUCUGGAGUCAGUAGUGUUUAUCUACUCCAUGCCUGGUUACAAAUGUAGCAUCAAAGAGCGUAUGCUGUAUUCCAGCUGCAAGAGCCGAUUGCUUGACUCCAUAGAGCAAGAUUUCUGCCUAGAAAUUGCAAAGAAGAUUGAAAUUGAUGAUGGAGCGGAGUUGACCGCCGAGUUCCUGUACGAUGAGGUCCAUCCCAAGCAGCAUGCCUUCAAGCAGGCUUUUGCCAAGCCAAAGGGUCCUGUGGGCAAAAGGGGACAGAAGCGACUUAUCAAAGGACCAGGCGAGAAUGGAGAAGACAGUUAAACCCGGCGGACGGGUCAGCAAAGAGCUGUGAAUGUCUCCCAAUCUCCAGCAUUGCAGCUCCAAGGAAAUCCACUUCUCUGCAUUUGAGCCUGUCCACUGAACUCCAAAGCCUUUUUCCUACUUCUUUUCUCAAAGUCGUGUCCAUCGGUUUCAUUAACAGGGUGGGAGGGUUGGAAUCGGGGGACAGAGAGGAAGAAGACGGCGUGCUCUUUUUUCUUUCCUUUUGCUCCGUGGUGAUAUAAAUCGAGGGGGAAGGGGUACCCUAGAGCUUUUUGGUCUUUUUUUUUUAAAUAUUUCUUACAGCAGAUGCUCCUGUUAUUGCUUCAUCUUGUGGCCUGUUUUACUUGGAACCUGCACCACUCAAAGAGCUUUGUAUGCCUCUCCUCUGAGAGAGUUAUAAACUUCUAUCUUGGCUGCUGUGACCCCAUCAAGGAGAGGCAGCGUUUGUAUGAUAACAAUAACUUAAUGGCACUCCAUCCUGUUAAUGCCAUCCCCUUGCCAAGGGAGUCCGUUUCUCUAGUAUUUGAUGUAGCGGUCAGUUGCCUACUAGUUUAGGCAAAGAGCGGUAUGUUCCAGGGAUUGUUUUUGAAGCAGGGUGGAGUUUGAGGGGAUGGGGGAAGUGUUAAAAAUUAGAUUUCCUCCAAAAUAGAGGUAGGGAAACCCAAGCUACUGAAAAAGUAAAACUCUUGUUUUGUUCAAGAGUCCUAAUAAUCCCAUUCUAGGCCUUACUGUUUGUGGAAGAAGUAUCGAUCACAAAUCCAAUGACGGGUUGGAUUUCUCUUAAAAGAUGUUCUGCUUCCUUUCUGAUUUGUAGAAAGCCAAUUACACAGCCUUUCCUUCUUCCCUGCCUUGUGUCUUGAUGACUCAUUGUGUGAUAUUACAGCCUAGGAGUGGACAUGGACAGUUAGGAACUGGGAGCAUAAUUGUUAUUCUGACCUUAUUGGCAGCAUUUCCAUUUAACUACAUCAAGAUGGCAAGAAUCAUCUCACGGGUAGCUCUCAUAUGUUUUCCCAGGCCAAGCUUUCCAUAUGUGCUAGCUCGCAGCCUAAUACAGCAUUACUAAGACAAUAGAUUCCUUCAUAUCAUCUCUCUCUCUCUCUCUCUCUUUCUCUUUCUCUCUCUCUCUCUCUCUUUGGGGGGGGGGUCCUUGGCCCUCUCAUAUUUACUCAACUGUUUGUCCUCAUCCUAGAUCAGGAGUAGGCAACCUUGGCUCUUUUAUGACUCGUGGACUUCAAUUGUAUGCCUUGAAGUCCACAAGUCAUAAAAGAGCCAAGGUUGCCUACCCUUGUCCUACCUAGAUCAUGAUGCCCAACCAUUGCACCCCCUUGUCAUAGAUCUGAUAGAGCUUUGCCAAGCCAAAGGAACAUUAGCACUUUCAUUGGUCACUGAAUACUGAUGAGCUCUGUUUUUCACAGAAUGUACUUUGGCCAGAGGACCGUUCAUUCCAUGUGUUAAAUACUGUCUGCCAAGACUAAUUGUUUUAGAUCCAUGAGAACCAGGUGGAAGGAAAGGAUAGCUCAUGGCAUGAAAUUAUUAUCCAUGUACAUGAUAGAUGGGCAUUUUAACUACCAAGGGGUUUGGGAAGAGCCUUGAUGAUCAGCUUGGAAAGUCUAAACGAGAAGCAGACAGUGACCCACUCACAAAAAGCUCAAGCCACAAUUGGGAGCUUCUGAAAAAUCAUGGUCUGCUUUUAUAUCUCACGCAAGCAAACACUUCCCUCUGAAAUUACAAGCCAUGUUUUACAGAGCCAACUGUAGGGUAUUAGUCUGGGGGCCUUGAGUUGAGCAGCAUUUGCAUAAGAGCAAGCUGGAUGUGCUCUAGCUCACUCUUUCCCCCAUGGGACUGAUCUGCAAUUCAAGAAAGAAAGGGUGGGCUUUGCCAAAUUCCGAAUAUUCUGCAUGAAAAAAAUAGAAUCACAGAUUCUUAAAACAGGAUGAGGCCAUUUAGACAUUCAGAUCCAAUCCCCUACUCACUACAGGUAUCCAGAUGAAAAUGUCUGUGAUGGAGCUGGUGGUAUGUGCCAUCCUUUCGUGGAUGAGGAAAAGUCUUAAUGUUAAUUUUUCCUGAUUUUUUUUUAAACUGUUCAUCUUUUGCAUCUUAAGUUUAUUGGGAGUCAUUGGAGCAGAUGUCUUUAUAAUUGCAGUCUCUGUAGUGUUUAGAAAUAAACAGAUCUUGCAUUUAAUAUAUAAUUCUAAGACGAUCAUUAAAUUCAAAGCUUGUCCUAAAGCAUGUUCAGACAGCAAGAUUCUGCUUUAAGUAGGCACGAUGCAGGGAUCAGCAACUGAAAUACAAAAUUUCAGCAUAACACUGGUCAGUGCUAUGAUUUUAUUUUUUUAAAAAAAUGGGUGGUUCUUUGGACAUUUUGAAGGCUCUACGUUGCUGAUCUUUGGCACAAUGAUUUCUUUAAAAACUUUAUUGUGACCAAAUCUCAAUCAGUUCAACUAAAUCUAGAGAUUAUAAUAUUCUGUAAUAUUUGGAUUUGGACCUCUGCAUUUUCUGCAUCAUAUAUGCAGAGAUAGCUUUGCUACUUCCAUUCUAUGUUUUUGUUGAGAGUGCUACACUCUUUUAAUAUGAGUUAUUAUUUUGCCUUUUCCCCCCACCUAGGCAAGCUUUAUAUUUUAGGUUAAGUUUGUCCUGUAUGUUUUGUUCCAUGUAUUGCAUUCUCCCCACCAAUAAGAGGCAGAAUUUUUUUGGUCCCUAUUAUAUUUUGAUGCAGAAGAACAAAUAUUUGCCAUUCCAAAACUGAUAACAGCAGUUACUCUGAUCCUGAGCUCACAUAUCCUUGGGUUCAUGAUGAGAUAUUAAGGUAUAUUUAAGCAUCCUGGGAUGACCACUGUUGGCAUUUUCCUUGUUUUCACUAUUUGCAUGAAUCCAUGUGAUCCAAGCAAAUGUGGCAGAAAAGUAAGCAAGCACUGCCUUCGUUUUAGUUUUACAUCUUUUACUUCAUCAAAUUAGUCUGAAAUUAUUCCUUUGUGGUAUUAAUGCCAGGUAUCACCAUGUAACAAUAGUGAAUCAAUCCGUGUUCUCAAAUGCACGAGCAGUGGUAAAUGAGAACUUCCGUGAAGUAAAAAAAGGUGAUCAGCCUGCUUCUCAAGCUGACCCUUCACAACCCACCUUUUUUCCCAUCACAGUGCAACACUGAGAGUCACUCAGCCUUGCAAAGAGCUGCCUCUCAGCUGUCCAUCUGAUCUUAGUAGCUGCUGCCACAUUAUCCAUAUUCAUAUUGUGUUUGUGGCUGGUGAACCCUUUUUCUUAUUUGUUGACUGGAAGAGCAACAAAAACUCAGUUAUGCAGUGUGCAAAUCAUACAGAUCUGUCGACUCUAUCAAUACCGACUCCCCCCACCUACCCUAUUUUCUGAUCCAAGCUAACAAAUUCCAGGACUAUUCCAGGAUAGGGAGACUUAACACUCAACUAGACUCCAGAACUUUGUUUUCUUACAAACUUACCAUCAACACACUUGCCAAGUAGCAAAAAAGUUCCACAAAAAUGUAGCAAUGACUCCCUAUCCUGGAAUAGUCUCUGAACUUGUUAGCUUGGAUCAGAAUGUAUCUUGCUAUUUAUAUCCAGGAUGCAUACUUAAUCAGAACAUUUAUUAGCUCUAAUACUCCAAAAUGUUGAGUGAUUGCAAGAACAUCUCAUUAUAGAAAUAAAGUUUUAUAGGAGUCCCAAAAUAAUUUUUCAAGAAUUGUAUGUUUAUAGCGAGACCGUGCUAAUUAGCUCUUAAGUACUAUAUUCCUGGACACAAUGGAAAUGACAGUAGUUUUACACUGACAUCUCUAGCACACUAAAAUAAUGUCUAAUUGACUACAUGAUUAACACUGCAAGUAGUUUUCAUUGUCCAUUGCAUUUAACUUGCUGCAGAUGAAAAGCAAGCUAGGAGUGAUUGUUUCUUUUUUCAUGCUAGUAACUUAUCAAAACUUCCAUAAGAAUCAAGGUUUGGAGUUUGGGAGAUGCACAUUCCUGACUGAGCUAUAUGAUGAUGUAAAUUUGGAAAUUAUGGGGGAGGCACGGCAUACUGUUUUGAAUGCUGUAUUUUCUAAAAAUUAAAGUAUUUUUAAAGCAA